AUGGAAAUGUUGUCAGAAAUAUUAAAAGAACAGAAAAAGUUGAAAAAUGAAAUUAGCAAAUUGAGAGGAGACGUCCAAAAGAUUAAGAGCCAAGAAACACCGAGCAAAGUGUCCGUAGAAGGGUCAACUAUUGAGAAGGAGUAUGUAAACUUCCUUAAGGCCAAAUUUAGCACAUAUCCAUGGAUCAACUUCCAAGAUCAAGAAAUACAGGGAAUGCUGAAGGAUUUAGCUAACAAAGCCGGUUGGUCUGAUAGAUCUAAUGUCUUAGGGGUUUUGUCGAGCUUUGGCUCGACAAAAUUCACCUAUUACAGAAACCAGAUAAGAGCAAAGUUAAUGGGCAACAAGGAGGUAGAUGUGGAGGGACUUUCUUUAGGAUCUCUCCACAACUACCUGUGGAAGUGUUUCUUGCCAUCAGCUGUUCCCCUUGUUGACAUAGAAAGGGAGCAUUUGACCCUAAUGCUGAGAUCUUUCUGUUCAACAUCGAAAUUGUUCCGCAAAGGCGGAACAAGCGGCUUCUCGUUCUGGACCGAGUUCCAGAAUUUUGUGGAUAUGGUCAAACAGGAUGUCAGACAGGAUAAAUGGGGAAAACUGGAAGAAAAGGAGGAGAGGAGGAUAGAAAAAUACUUGUCUUAA